AGGCUCCCGGCCCCGAUGGCGGCGGUGGGUUCACUUCAGUCCAUUCGAAUGGUUCGAAGCGAUAAGUUGAGUUCGAAGAAAUCGCGUGUUUGCGCCCGAGUCCUGCUCGCAGCAACCCGGUUUUCCGGGAGUAAGUCACAGAUGAAGGUCGACGUCAUGCCGCCGGUCACCAAGGAAGACGAACCGCCCAAACCGCCGGCCAUCGUGUCGUACGCGUUCGAAAAGGAGGUCAUUAACAAGCAGAAUGCGAUCAGCCACGUGACGGACCACUUCUUGCCGAACCUGAACCGGGUGCCGAUUGCCAUCAAGUUCUGGUCCAAGUACGACUCGACGACGGCGGCAGCGCAAAGUGGGCUGGCCAACUUCGACAAGUACUUCAAACUGCUGGAGAAGAACAUCGCCGAAGGGCCGAAGGAGAAGUUCCAGGAGCCGAGGACCGAGAAUCAGUGCUAUGGGUGGCACUCGGAUCCGUUCUACCGCCAAGAUCCGGAGGACGUUCAUCUGCUGUAUCAUCCGAAGAAACGGCACGAGAUUACGAUCAUCGGCGAGAAGAUCAACGCGGACAGGAUCACACAAAGGCCAAGAUUCACCGGAAUUCCAUUCAAACUACCCAGUUGAAACGAGUAUUGAUUUGUAUUGGGACUUGAGAGAGAGGUGAAUAAAUUACAUGAGUUAACUAAA